AUGCUAACGGCCUUGCUGUGUUUUGUGGCCGUGGGGCACCUCGUCCUAGGGCAGAACCCCCAGGUCACCACCUCCUAUGGCACGAUGAUGGGGCAGGUCCUCAAGUCUAGGGAUGGCAGGGACUUCUUCUCCUUCACCAGGAUACCUUACGCUAAGCCACCUGUCGGAGAGCGGAGGUUCAUGAUCUCAGAGAUAGCAGACAACUGGAGUGGUAUAUUGGACGCAACUCUACCCAUCCCGCCCUGUUAUCAGACCAUGUACCCUUUUGGUUCAGGAACCUCAGGACAAGAAGAUUGUCUUUAUUUGAAUGUUUUCACACCAAAUGUGAACGGAAGAUUACCAGUAAUCUUCAACAUACACGGAGGUGCGUUCAGGCAAGGUUCUGCUGCUGUUUACGGUUCCGCCAAUUUUUUCAUGGACGAAGAUGUUGUCUUCGUUGCUACUAACUAUCGGCUUGGAACAAUGGGAUUUCUCAGUUUGGAAGACAAUGUCAUACCAGGGAAUCUGGGUCUUAAAGACCAAGCCUUGGCUUUGGAAUGGGUCUAUCAAGAAAUCAGUGCUUUCGGAGGGGACCCGAAUCUGAUAACCGUUGCAGGUGGAAGUGCUGGUGCCGCAUCUUCACACAUUAUUUGUGAAGCCCCGAGAACAAAUGGUCUUGUCAAAGGCUGUAUCUCUCAGAGCGGAGACGGAUGGGCACACUGGGCAAUUUUGGAACCUGGAGAAGCCCGAAAAAUGGCUUUGAAAAUGGCCGAAACAACAGGCUGUGACGAAACAGGAGAUCUACUUCAAUGCCUGCAGAGCAAACCAAUUGAACUUAUUGGCGACGUUUCAUUGUUGCAAAAUAACUUCCAGGAUCUGUCCAUUGUAUCUCCAGUUUUGGAACCUGUGACUGCCCCAGGAGCAAUACUGACCAGCUGGCCCACGAACGCAAACCACAACUACCCUCGGAUCCUUGGAGUCGUCCAGGAUGAAGGAAUAGUCUACACUUCACUUUACGAGUUUCACCUGGUAAGCGAUGAGGAGAAAGAAAAAUUCAUUAAUGGUUUCAACCAAACUAUUAUCUCAGGUCUCCAUUUGGAAAACAGGAUAAAUGACUUUCUGAGAAUAUUUGAAAGGUUUUUUACCAAAGGUGUUGACCCUUUGUUAGCCAUAAGAAAUUUUAUAACGGAAUAUAUGUGGGUGUACCCAGCUAUGAAGUCUUUAAGUACGCACGCUGGACCAACUUAUUUUUACAAGUUCAGUUACACUCGUGGACCACCAUUACCCUUUGGACAUCCUCCGGAUCAGCCAGGAGUUCCACAUGGCGCUGAAUGUUCAUACUUUUUCUCGGACAAAACUUCAGAAGAUUGGCCUAAACCUGAAGAUAUUCAAUUAUCCAAGAUGUUAGUUAAGAUGUGGGUCAACUUCGCCAGGAAUCAAAACCCAAGCAGUCCAGAUAUGUUACAGUGGUCUCAGUUCCAAGGACAAUAUUUCUUGGAUAUACAAGACUCAGGAGUUACUGUAGGGAGUUUCACCCAAUAUCAAGAGAUACUCGAUUUCUGGAGAAGUAUUUUUCCAGAUCAGCCUUCUAGUUCGCCAAUGAUUCAGUAAUCGUUACUGUUGGUUGCUUCUUAACCAUCUUAAAAUAACUAUAUGUUUAA